UUUGUUGACAAUGACUGAUUCAAACCCUACUAAUUUGUUUAAGCUAACAGACAAGAAAGUGGUGGCAGAUAUAUUCCACAAAUAUGUAGAGAAAGAAACUUCAAUACCCUUAAUAAUUGACAAUGGGUCGUACCAAUGUAGAGUAGGAUGGACUUCUGAUGAAUCACCCCGGCUUGUUUUCAGAAACUUGAUAGCAAAACCCCGCAAAGAAAGGGUGAGAAAAGAUAAUGAACCCCCAACUACCCCUCCAAUACAAAUUGGUAAUGAUAUAACUAACAUUGAGGCAGUACGUUUUCAGUUAAAAACCCAAUUUGAUAAAGACAUCGUUACGCAUUUUGAAGCUCAGGAACAAAUCCUGGACUAUAUUUUUGCACACAUAGGUAUCGACACUGAGAGGAGUGUGAAGCAUCCUAUAGUUAUGACCGAGGCGUUAUUAAAUCCUAAUUAUACAAGGAAUUUGAUGUCUGAAUUGUUGUUUGAGUGUUAUGAUGUUCCUUGUGUGACUUACGGUGUUGAUGCUUUACUUAGUUUUUACUACAACCGGAGAACAUGCAUAGAUAUUGCAAGUGCAUUAAUAAUAUCCAUAGGUCACAAUACUACACAUGUUAUACCCGUAAUAAAUAACAUAAGCAUUAUUGAGAAAGCAAGAAGGAUCAACAUAGGUGGUUCUAACAUCACAAGCUUUUUGCACAAACUAUUACAACUGAAGUACCCGGCUUAUACAAAUAUUAUUACACCAAGUAGAGUUGAAGAUAUAGUUCACGAUCAUUGUUAUGUUUCUGCUAACUACUUAGAAGAAGUUAAAAAAUGGGGUUGUGUGGAUUAUUACCAGCAGAAUGUUAAGAAAAUUCAGUUCCCAACACCUACGGUAACCGUGAAUCCAGGUUUAACACCAGAUCAACGGUUUGAGCGCAGACGCAGUUUAGCACGUAGGUUAAUUGAGAUGAAUGCUAGAAAAAGAGAAGAUAAAUUAGUACAAGAGCGACAGCUACUUGCUCGUUUAACUGAAUUGCUGCAGUACCUUGAUGAUGGGCACACGACUGACUUAAUAGAUGAUAUGGGUGAUUUUGAUAUUAAAACCUACGAGGAUGUUGAAAAAGCUAUUGUAUGUGUGCAAGCACGUAUUGAAAAAGCUGAACAAAAGGCUUACCAAGCUGCAACAGAAAGUACUUUAGAAUCUGAAGCUUUAGAAGAAAGUUCUGUGAAGAAUUUGGGACCGGAAAUGGGAACAGAUAUAAACGAGUGGCUCAAUAUUACAAAAAACAAGAGACAAGCUAUUUUAGACCACAAGGCUGCUAAGAAACAAAGACGUUUAGAUAUGGUACGAAGACGCACAGUUGCUGCUCAGGAGCGUAUGAGAAUAAUUUCACAGUUAGCACGUAAGGAAAAGGGUAAUGAUGAUUUUGGCAUACGUGAUGAAGAUUGGGAUGUAUACAAAACCAUCAGUAAAGAAGGUGGUGAUAGUGAUAGCGAGGAAGAGAAUGAAAAACUGGCAGAACUUGAAGACAUUCUGCGCCAUUAUGAUCCUUCGUUCAUCGACAGUGUGGACAACUGCAAAUCCAUAUACAACGACAUGGGUGACUCACACCAACUGAAUUUAGGUUUAGAACUAAUUCGUGCCACAGAAUUGUUGUUCCAGCCGUCUAUCAUUGGUUGUUCUGAAGCUGGGCUAGGAGAAACCAUCGAACAUGUCUUCAAAAUGUUCAAUCCCGAAGACCAGUCCAUUUUAGCACAAAAUAUCUUUAUCACCGGAGGUUGUGCGAAUUUCGCAGGCUUAAAAGAGCGAUUAACAAUGGAACUCACACAAAUUCGUCCUUUUGGGAGUCGGCAUCACAUAAAUGUGGCAACUUCGCCGAGUUCAGAUGCCUGGAAUGGGGCUAAAGAUUUAUCCAGUGAUACGUCUAUUGCUAUUUCUAAAGAUGAUUAUUAUGAAAAAGGCGGAGAAUAUCUCCGGUCACAUAAAGCCUCUAAUAUUUAUACCAAAAGUCCUACAGAAAGUAUUGCAGAUGACAAUUAAAUUAUCAGGUUGUAAAUUUAUAUGGUAAUAAAAACCUACAUAAUAAUAUUUGUUACUCAUUGAGAAAUUAAUUGUAAACUAGUGGGGUG